UCUCCCACACGCGGGCUUGCGCGUUCCGAAAUCUCAGCUACCAACAAAGCUCGGUUUGGCGCCUGGAUAUUGUGGCUUCGGUACCAGGAAUCGGGGACGUAAACAAUGUCGUCGUCGCCCUCGAAACCGUUGCCUCAGAAGACGCGACGGACGCAUACCAAGUCGCGUGGAGGGUGCAUGGAAUGCAAGCGACGAAAGUUGAAGUGCAAUGAAGCAAAGCCGGUGUGCGGUGGUUGUACGAAACGCGAGAUCACCUGCGUGUACCCGAAAGUGGGCUCAAGAACUCCACUUUCGAAGGAUGCAGGUCAAGUGUUGAGGCCUAGUACUUCAUUAUCGGUGGCCAAUGCACUAAAUGGUCCUGCAACUACAAGCUCGCCCAAUGUUGCGGUUCAGGAAGAAUCGUCAGAUGCAGCGGCACCUGCCAGAGGUAUUGGACAAUUUGAUAUGAAGGACAUGGGAUUAUGGCAUCAAUUCAUUUACAGUACUGCCGCUACUCUUUCGAAUCCUUGGGGACAUGAACUUCCAGGUUUAGCCCUCAAUUGCGACUAUUUACUGCAUGGCAUGUUGGCUUUGGGUGCACUCCAUCUCGCGUACCUGAAUCCAGCAAAACGAGAAUCUUAUAGUAUCUUGGCCAGUCACCAUUACGAUUUGGCAAUUGGGCCCUUCCAUCGAGCCACGAAGAGUGUCACACCAGACAAUGCGAAUCAAAUUUUCGCCUUUUCAACCCUACUCGUCGUCAUCAACUACGCAUCUGAUCGUUCGCCUGAGCUUAUCUUUCCGUUCGCUGAUGGAGAAGCGCACGAUGGUCUCUCGAAUUGGAUGGUGGAUCUUCGUGGAUGCGGAAUCAUUUUCGAGACCGCAAGUGCCCAUGUUAUUGAACAAGGACCUCUAGGCUUCCUCAUCACGCAAGGGAAGCGAUUGCAGGAGGUGCUCUCGACGGGUGCUCAACCAACACCGGAAGAUGAUCGCAGUCUCGCACGCAUCAAGGACGAAGUUCUAAACCUCACAUCAGUGAAAACGUCAACCACUGUUGAGGAAAUGGAAGCCUAUCAUGACGCGAUCGAAAGAUUGCGCGCCUUGCUCGCAGCCUCCACUCAGCCUCUCGAUUCAGUCAUCAAACGCGCAGUCUGUUCUAUCUGGCCAUCAAGAGUAUCGGACACCUUUGUUCGAUUAUUGAGUGAGAAACGACCACCAGCCAUGAUCAUCCUGGCGCAUUACUGCUUGCUUCUCAGAGGACUGGAAGAGUGUUGGUAUAUGGAGCGUCGGGGAGUCAAUUUGUUUCAAAUAGUCGUGGGCGCUUUAGACAACGAAUGGGCGAUUUAUGUCGACCAUCCCCGACGGGAAUUUACCUAAAUCCUUUAAUGGGAGCGUAUCGGCCGAUAAAAUAACCCGAGAACGUGACGCGCACGCUAUCUCGUAGUGCGCGAAGCACUGCCACGCUGAGUUUAGGGGCGCGGUAACCCCUGGACUCUCCGCGGAGCGAUACCGAUACCGAACGAACGAAUCCGAAGGAUCGAG